AUCGACAUCUGGCGUCGUAUUUGUGUACGAAGGUUAAUGAUGGAAGAUUUGCGUUUUGUAUCUCCAUACACUCAUUACGGAUAAUUUGUUGUUUACGCUUGCCAUGACUACGGAAAAGAGAAUUAAUAUCAAUUUCUCGUCUCUGAUAGACUUGAAAGCUGAACUUUUUAAGAAGCAAGAAGCUCUCAAAGCUGAAAAACUGAGAAGAGAAUUCGGACAACCUUCAGCAGAGCCUCCUAAGAAGAAAUCAGUGAAGCAGAAUGCUGGUGUACAAGAAAGAGCUAAGAAAGAUCUUGAAGAAAAGCCUGUUUCACAAGAAGAAAUUGAUUUACUUCAACAGUCAAGAACUGUUCUGGAGAAGAAAGCUAAAAUUUAUGAAAGUUUAACAGAUGGAAAUGUACCAAAUGAUGAAGUAAAAGAAUUAUAUUUAGUAGACUUUCAAAGAAAAGUACUUGAUCAGAAAAAAUUAGGAAAACCUAAAGAAGUUGAGAAAAAAAUUGCUAAGGGCAGACAAAGAUGCUGUGGACAAGAACACUCUUCCAGGAGUCUACAGAAUCCUGGUUACAGACAAACGGAGGCAGAAUAUGAUGUUCUACAUCGGAGCUACUGGAAGAUCCAUCAAACAAAGGCUGUUAGAGCACCAGAGAAACAUAAGAAAAGAACAGCCGUGCACAGCGUUGGCGACGUACGUCUUAGCCGACCCACAAGAGGUCAAAGCGGAGUGGGACUGAGCUAA